GAUAGGAGGCAGAGGCAGCAACUGCCUCCAUCCACAUUCCUUCGAGCCUUUGUUAAUUUAGAGAGAGAAAGAAAAGAUAGAGAGAGAAGAAGAACAACAAAGAAUUCCCCCAUUGUCUUCUUCAACCUCUCAACACACACAAACACACUCACUGCGUCUGUGUAUUCUAGAGCGAGAAGAAAUUCUAGAGAGAGAGAGAGGGAAAUGGAGUACAUCACAAACAAUGAACGGACGUUUCUAGAAGACCUCUUGGCUCUCCGGGACACUUCCGAUCACGACAAUUACGCCUUCCCCAAUUCAGAUUACAAUAAUUAUUUCAACCCCAACUUCAUCUGGCCCACCGCCACCGCCGCCGCCGCCGCCGCCGUCGUCGCCACCACCUCCGCCGCCGUGGAUUCUUCCUACAACAACACUUCCCUUGCUUUCCCCAUCCCCACCGCCGAUCCGUACACUCCCUUCGACGACGACUACUCCGCGCUCCUCCCCUACACCGGCGGCGGCGGCGCUCCGUUCGCCGACGACCUGUCGCCGCCGGACUUCGGGAGCCUGGACCUCCCGAAUUACCAAGAUCAGGAGUACAGCUACUACGGCACGCCGUCGGCACGUGACGACGGGGAAGGCGGCGACCCGUUUGUAAACGGAGCUCCGAAUGUCGGACCCGCCGGAGCUCCUUGUAAAGUGGAGUCCCUGCCCGAAAUGCCCGCCGCCUCCGCCGCCGCCGCAGGUUCUUAUGAUGUUGGGAUUUCUCCGCCGCCGGAUUUGAGGAAGUGCAAAGUGAAGAAGGUCUCCGGGCAGCCGUCGAAGAAUCUCAUGGCGGAGCGGCGGCGGAGGAAGCGCCUGAACGACCGCCUCUCGAUGCUCCGGUCAGUCGUCCCCAAAAUCAGUAAGAUGGAUAGAACAUCCAUUCUUGGGGACACCAUAGACUACAUGAAGGAGCUGUUGGAAAGAAUCAACUCAUUGCAAGAGGACAUGCAAUUAGGGUCAGAUCAGAUGGGGAUUAUGAGCAUUUUCAAAGAUGUCAAACCUAAUGAAGUUCUUGUCAGAAAUUCACCCAAGUUUGAAGUGGAGAGGAGAAAUGAGGACACAAGAGUGGAGAUAUGCUGUGGGGGAAAGCCUGGAUUGUUGCUAUCAACAGUGACCACACUAGAGGCAUUAGGCCUCGACUUUAAGCACUGCAUUAUCAGCUGCUUUAAUGACUUUGCACUUCAAGCUUCUUGCUCAGAGGAAUUGAAGAAGAGGGCAAUGAUGAAUACAGAAGAUAUAAAACAGGCACUGGUUAGGAAUGCAGGGUAUGGAGGAAAGUGUGUGUAGCUGCCAAAAACACCAAGAAUUAGAAAGAUUAAUUUCAAAAAGAAAAAGUAUGAUAUGUGUGUGUGUGAAAUAUUAUUGAGCUGCAGUAACUCUUUUUCUUUCUACCUGUGUUAUGUUCUGUGGAGAAUUAGUUGUAUUUUUGUGGAGGGGAUUGUAGGUAUUCUGAUGAGGAAUCCAUUUCACCAUCA